AUGGAAAAAUUUUGCACAGUUGCUCUGUUUUUGAGAAAUCUGUUAACCUCAAUCUUCAUCCAUGCCGACAAAUCCCUCCUCCACUUGGCGCCAAAACACGCGCUGCUCCAAACCCUACGCUCCGUCCUCGCCUCCUUUUUCCUCUUCUCCCUCAGCCUUUUGCCCUCUCUUUUCUCCUCUUUGACCCCUGACCGCAAGGAAUCGGCAUCGGCCAAUUGCCCUCCGAAAUCGGGGAAAGGAGACCUCUGCGUCUCCGUUGCGGGCGGAGAUUCCGGAGUUUCCAGGGCUCUGUCGCAGCUGCUGCUGAUAAUGAGCGAAAUUCCGGUGAGCUCGAGGAAAUACGAAGUUGUUAGGUCGCUGACCGAGAGUCUAAUCGACGAGAAUUUGUCCGAGGGCAGCCGGGUUCUGAGGGAGGUCAACUGUGCCGUUCUCUCAUCUGCGUUCGCGAGGUCGCUGCGCCAGAUCGAGGCCGCGGCGGCGGCGGAGCAGAGGCGGAGUGGCGGCGGCGACUGUGCCGGAGGCGAUAUCUUCAUCUGUAGCAACAAUAGGGCGAGCCGUUUGAUAAAAGGGGUCGGGUAUUAUGGGCGGGCUGCGUGGAGGUAUGCCAACUCGAAGGGCGUAGUGGGUGGGCCUGGGAUCUCGGCCGAGAAGCUGGCGGCGGAGCUGCUGUGGCUGGCUCGAAAGAUGGCGGCUUGUGGAUGCGUGGAGGAAGCGGUUUGUAAAUGGGCCUCGGCUUCGAACUUGGCUUGGCUCGCCCUAUCAGCCGAGGCGCGACUGCAAGGGUCGCUCGUUAAGGUAUCAGCAUUCUUGAUCAAGCAAGCAAAAGAAACGAGCAAGGAAUCACAAAACCAAGAAAACGAAGAAGACGGAACUAAAAUGAGCAAGCCCCCAAAGCCCGACAUCACCCAUGAAACCAAGAUAAAGCUGCUAAUGACAUGGCUGCCCCUGCUGUGCCGUGCUACCGGCGGCACAGAUGCCCCGGUUCUAAGCAUGGGGGAAAGGGCAGAAUUGGAAAUGACGUUGGAAGAGAUAAUCUUGAGCCUUGGGGAGCACGAGGAGCAAGAGUGUGUCCUGUCUGUUUGGGUCCAUCACUUCACCCGAUGCCCGGCCUCCGAUUGGCCGAACCUCCGGCAGUGCUACAGUCGGUGGUAUGGCUCCUCACGUGCGCGUCUCGUGCAGGCUAAUGCUGCUUAA